AUGCGACGACGGCGAAUUGGCGUGUGGCCCGAGAAUCGACGUGUGUCACGUCUGUGGGUCUCAUUGUCACCCCGGUCUUGCGUCACUUGCCCCGUCCCAACCAAUCAAAACCCGCCCAUCAACAAUCAUCACACACCCAUACUAACGCAGAUGUUCAAAGCAAUCCCCCUUCGACAGGCCCUGCUCGGAAUCUCCUCCGCCGUGUGUGCCGGUGCCACCACCACCUACUACUACACAACCAAGGCUGAGGCCAUGACCGCCGCUGAGCACGGUCUCCACCCAGCGGAGUACCCCUGGCCCCAGAAUGGCAUGCUCUCCACCUUUGACCACGCCUCUCUGCGACGAGGCUACCAGGUCUACAAGGAGGUCUGCGCCGCCUGCCACUCUCUGGACCGAAUCGCCUGGCGAAACCUCGUGGGCGUGACCCACACCACCGAUGAGGCCAAGGCUUUCGCUGAGGAGCUCGAGUACGACGACGAGCCCGAUGAUGAGGGUAACCCCCGAAAGCGACCCGGAAAGCUCGCCGACUACAUUCCCGGCCCCUACCCUAACGAGCAGGCUGCCCGAGCCGCCAACCAGGGAGCUCUUCCCCCGGAUCUGUCCCUCAUUGCCAAGGCCCGACACGGAGGUGCCGACUACAUUUUUGCUCUGCUGACCGGCUACCCCGACGAGCCUCCUGCCGGCGUCGUGCUCGCCCCCGGAAUGAACUACAACCCCUACUUCCCCGGAGGAGGCAUUGGUAUGGCCCGAACUCUGUUCGACGGUGUUGUCGAGUACGAGGACGGCACUCCCGCCACCACCUCCCAGAUGGCCAAGGAUGUCGCUGCCUUCCUGACCUGGGCUGCCGAGCCUGAGCAUGACGAGCGAAAGAAGCUUGGUCUCAAGGCCAUCAUUGUCAUUUCCGCCAUGCUUGGACUGUCGGUCUACAUCAAGAAGUUCAAGUGGUCCCCCAUCAAGAACCGAAAGUUUAUCUACAACCCCCCCAAGAACUAG